AAUCCUGAAAAUUUGACGUCUGUUUUUGUGUUUGUGUGUGUGUUUUUAGGUUAUGAUGAUGCAGCAGAAACUAACCUGAUCUCCCGCCCCAUCCACUCAGCCAAGCUGUUGCAAGAAAACCAUCCGAGAACUAUUCGCAGAAAAAGAAGCGUUGAGGAAGCCAUUCCUGCAGUCUGCAAGACGCGGACGGUGAUCUACGAGAUCCCUCGGAGUCAAAUUGAUCCGACUUCUGCCAACUUUCUGAUAUGGCCUCCCUGCGUGGAAGUGAAGCGGUGCACCGGAUGUUGCAACACCAGCAGUGUGAAAUGCCAACCCUCGCGGAUACACCACAGAAAUGUCAAGGUGGCCAAAGUGGAAUAUGUUAGAAGAAAACCCAAAUUAAAGGAAGUUCUGGUGAAGUUAGAAGAGCAUAUGGAAUGCACUUGUACAAUGUCAAAUUCCAAUCCAGAUUUUCGAGAAGAAGAAACAGAUGUCAGGUGAAAAUAAGCUAGAAAAGAUUUCUUUCCGGGACUCGAAUGUGCAGGAUCUGUUACAUUCCUGAACCUACGCUGUAUGGUGCUUUCUGGAUAAAUACUUCACUCAUCUUCCUAUCCGGGGUCGGGGGGGAAAACUGGUUGAGAGAGAGAGAGAGAGAGAGAGAGAGAAAGAGAGAGAGAGAGAGAGAGAAAGAGAGAGAAAAGGGGGGGAGGGAGAGAUAAAGACACAACCACACACACAGACACACACACCCACUUCACCAGAACACACAAGGGACAAAUGUAUAGUUGUUUAAAUAUGACAUCGCAGGAAGUAUUGUAGCCGUCUGCAAAAUAAUACGACGUUUCCCUAUCCAUGGCAUCGAAAAAUGGUGAUGUGAAUAGAACGAGAAGAGGACGAACAACAAGUGGACAGCAGACUUCCUAAAAAAAAACUGUCAAUGGUGCUUUUAUUUUAUUCCCCUCUUGUCCGUUUUAUUUUUUUCCUCGAGAAAUGCGCCUGAGGCCAAGAUGCUGACGGACGGAUUCAAGAUGGAGUUUGGAGGCACACACACAAACACAAAUGCACACACACACACAAAAACAAACAACGGCAACAACGAUGACAAACCAUCAAGAACAGGAAUGUAUCAAAUGCCAGGGCGGAAUCUAGAGUGGGUUUUUUUAAUUUUAUUUUUAAUUUUCUUUUUCUUUUUUUUUUUUUUAAUUUUUGGCUUGGCGGUGAUUUAAAAGCCUAUUAAAAAAAAAUCCAUCUGGGGCGCCUUAAGUAUUUGUUUUAUUUUGGGUUGUGUUUUUUGUUUCGUUUUUUUACACCCUCAAGUUAUUGAGCUCUUCUUUUUAUUCUUUUGCCUAGCAUUUUAUUAUCUCUCUCUUUUUAUUUUUUAUUUUUUUGGACUACAUUUACCAAUAAUCCGAUAUAAGAGAGACUGGUGUAGCGGCAGUGAAAUGGGAUCAUGUGAGAUUAUGGCAUUUUUAUUUCUCCUAGCGGGGUGGGGUGGGGCGCAGACUAAUGAAAUGUAUUAAAAUAAAAAUGGUAUACCUAUGCAUAAUUUUCUAAAUGUUUCUUGGUUUGUCUUACCCUUUUUCCUUUCUCCCCGGCCUCUUCCUUUUCCACAAAUAUAUUAUUUAAAUCAGGUGUUUGGGGUUUCCCAACCCACCCACCCCAUUUCCCUCUUCAAAGAGUUGCCGAAGAAUUAGCAACAUGGUGGACAGGCUUUAUUGGAUAGUCUCGUGGCCGCCAUCUUUAUUUGGAGAAUAUAGUCACGGAAGAUGGACAAACAAUUCAGUUAGAACAAUUAAUCAGUGGAUUAAUCAGUGUUUGGGGUUCCCUCCCCCACUUUCCUCUUCAAAGAAUUGCCGAAGAAUUAACAACAUGGUGGACAGGCUUCAUUGGAUAGUCUUGUGGCCGCCAUCUUUUCUUGGGAGAGUAUAGUCACGGAAGAUGGACAAACAAUUCAGUUAGAACAAUUAAUCAGUGGAACAGCUUGUCCCCUGAAGUUGUGGAGUCUCCAACACUGGAGUUAUUUGUUUAUUGUUUUAAAAGAAGAGAUUGAAAUGGUAUAUGGCAGGGGUGGGCAACUGUGGCCUUUUUACAACCUGUGGACUUCAACUCCCAGAAUUCCUGAGAGAGCUGGCUCAGGAAUUCUGGGAGUUGAAGUCCACAGGUUGUAAAAGAGCCACAUUUGCCCACCCCUUGUAUAGGGUUUCCUGCUUGGGCAGGGGGUUGGAUUAGAAGACCUCCCAGGUCUCUUAUUCUGUUAUAUUCUGUUAACUGGAAAGGAUUGGUUGUACUAUUGAUCAUGUUUACUUAAAUUUCAUAGCUUGAGAACGGAGCCCAAUCGGGAGGAAGAUUAUUGGACGAAUAAUGCUAACUCUUACCUAAUUCUAGAGAACGCCAAGGUGUGUCUUCAAAUAAACUCUUAAUUCUCAACGGGGUGCAGAGGUUCCAUCAAUUCCUUGUUUUUUUCUUGAAGAUACAGAGUUGGAGAAUAAUUUUUAAGAAUGUUGACAAUGUUGGGUUACGCGAGCUUUAGGUUAUAUGCAAGUCAAACCAAACCAAACCUUUUUUUUUUUUAAAAAAAAACGUAUAUUUGAGUCGUCCACAAAUAUUAUUGUGGAAAACCAGCUUUUGUCUGUUUCAGUGGUGUGAGAUGUACAAAAUUCUUCUUGUUACUCAUACUGUAUUGAUAUCGCUGUGGCCUGGAACAACCUUGCUGGAAAACAUAAAAUUCUUUAUUUUUGGUAUUAAACAAAGAGAAAAAAAAAUUGCUUUAUGUGUAUUCAAAAAAUAAUAAGUGUUUCCUUUUUUUGGGGAGGAGGGGUUAAAGGUGAUGUUUGUAUUUUUUUAAAUCUAAAAUUAAUGGUUUUCUAUACCCAAGAAAUCCUGUUUUGUUUUCUUGAGCCAGAAUAUUAAAAAAAAACAAAAAAGUGAAUGAGAUUGGGAUAUGUAUUUUAUGGACGUAUUUUUCUAGCAGCGAUAGCUUAUCUCAUUUAAAGUAUAUUUAUUUUCGUUAGGAGAAGGAGAAAAGAUUUAAGUAUGGUGUCCUAUAUUUCCAAAGGAGAAAUGGGUUGGUUGUACGUGAGAAUGUCUGAUCCAAUGGGAGUGGAUCUUCCUUGGCCUGCUUUCCACCACCAUUGGUAGAGAUGCUUCCAUUGAGGACAGAAAUGGGAUGAAGUCUUAGUUCAGUUCAAUGGGCCUCGAGUUCCUUUCUCGUUGAUUUUGGCUCAGAUCACUCAAGAUCAACUUUCCUCUGAAAAUAUAGGACUAAAUAAUAUGAGUUUAUGAUAGCUUUCCAUCUUCUUUUUAAUUGACUGGAUGACCUUCCUUGACUUGGGUUAUUGUGUCUGGCACUUUAGAGAGGAAACCUCUGUAGGGGUUCUUUUGUUAGACCUUUUCAGCUAAAAUAGCUUCAGAGUUUGAUGAGGUUGGGCGAAAGGGUUGCUCAUGAACAUUGCAGUGAUGGAGAGGGAAGGAGAAAGAGGUUUUUUUGACCAGGAAUUCAUGAUAGAACAAGACCUUUCUCUUAGUAGCUACCAUCAUGGUUGGGCAGAUGACAGAAGAAGUCCAUGGUCCAUGAGAGCAUGUUUCUAGGAGUUAACCAUAGGGGACUUUGGACCAUUCCAGGACCCAGGAAUAAUAAAAGAUGUUUAAUUGCAGACUUCCUGUGGAAUAGGACCUAUUGCCAGCGUUCCAGAAAACCCCCCAACUCCAAGUAAAAACUCUGAAGCAAGCAUUUUUCAAAGUUCUAUUUACUAGAAUAGGUAAAUUGGCACAUCUGGGAAAACCUGAAUCUGAGAGGUCCAGGUUUUCCCUCAGUAAAUCAAAACCCCCAAAACCAUCCCCUCACUCCUCAGUCGAUCACAUGCUCCAAUCACCAUCCGUCCCAUCUCGAGACAUCACUCCGAUCACUCCUUCUCCAGAUGCAGGAUCACCCUGACCUUGACCGACAGGAAGAAUGCUAUUAUGUCUAAAGACAACCCCUCUACUAAAUCUCCCCUCCUACUUUCCCACACAUGAGAAGGUGGCAGCAUGGAAGCUUCUGGCCUAAUAUGGCUUCCAAAGCUGACACCUACAUUAUACAGUAAAUGUUGACAUCCUUUCUCAUAACCAUCGGAAUCCUAAACUUAACUUCCCUAUCUCCUUUUUCGUACUGGAGAAGGCUGAGAAAUAAGCAGAACCAGUAUAGGAUGAUGCUUCUCAGAGUUUGACUUGAUCUUGGGAAUCUGGAACAAAGUCCCCAGCCAUCCAUGAAGCUCAGAGUCUGGUUUAUGACCCAUCUUUCUUUCUCUCUCAAUCCAGUCUACCUCGUGGGGAUAAAAUGAAAGGAGAUGAUGACCCUUUAGACCCAGAGGUCUUCAAAUUUGACAGCUUUAAGACUUAUGGACUUCAACUCCCAGAAUUCUCCUGGGAGUUGAAGUCCACAAGUCUUAAAGCUGCCAAGUUUGAAGACCUCUGCUUUAGACUCUUCUUGAGGAAAGUCAAUGAAUAAAAGCUGAAUUAAACCUGGAGAGUUGAGAUUUGAGAUGCCUAGAAUAGUCAGAGACCCGUAGAAAACUCAGACCUUCCCAUUAUUGCAAAGGGGGCUAUGGAGAACUCAGAUAGGUAAUUAUACAUUGGAGUUGUGUUUUUCUCUUUCCCUCCUGCUCUUGCGUAACUUUGUUAUCAUUGCAUUGGUUGUCCAAAAUCUUACCAAAACAGUUCCAAAGAAACGGUCACCACCAUGUCCCAUCACCUAUGUCUGAAUGGAGGGACCUGUACUGCAGAUAAUGUUUCUGUUUCCAGCGUGUGUGUUCAGACGUGGAUGUGUUUUUAUGUGUCCAGUGUUAAACAAACUCUGUGUCCCUCCGUGGAACGCAAUAUGACUGACGUUACCUUGAUUUUAUUCUUGAUCAACGUUGGAUUUGGUUGCUGGUUUUAGUUAUUUUUUUUCCUCUCUCGGUGUUAAAAUUGAUCAAACAAACUCACGUUUAUUAAAGUCAUUUGAAUGAAAAGGAGGUUUUCCUUUUGACCAUUACUUAAGACUUCAAAGUCCCAUUCAUUCAAAAUCUGGACGUGUUGAGAGAGGAAAAUACCUUACUAAAAAUAUGUGUGGGUGUUUUCCUAUGAGUGUAACUCUCGGUGUUCUGUAUGUGCUAUGUGAACAAGGCAAAACUGUAUAAAAAUGAAUUUAUAUAUU